CCCCGCGGCAGGCUCACUUCCGGCGCGGCCGUUAAGAUGGCGACGCCCAUGCACCGGCUGAUUGCCCGCAGACAGGCGGAGGCCAACAAGCAGCAUGUGAGGUGUCAGAAGUGUUUAGAGUUUGGCCACUGGACAUAUGAAUGUAAAGGGAAGAGAAAAUACCUGCACAGGCCUUCCAGGACAGCUCAGCUGGCCAAAAUCCUUAAGGAGAAAGAAAAGCAGCUCCUGCUGCAGCAGAGUGCUGGAGAAAGUGCUGCAGAAAAGAAGACCAAGAAAAAAAGGUCCAAGAGUGUCACCAGUUCCAGCAGCAGCAGCAGUGACAGCUCAGCCAGCGACUCCUCCUCCGACAGCGAGGACUCCUCUUCCUCGUCCUCCUCCUCCUCAGACAGUGACAGUGAGGACAGCAACUCCUCCUCCUCCUCCUCCCCCUCCUCCAGCAGCUCGUCCUCCUCCUCUGACUUCGAGUCAGAUUCCAGCUCCUCCAGCAGCAGCAGCAGCACAGACAGCAGCUCCGAGGAUGAGCCCCCAAAGAAGAAGAAGAAGAAAUAGCUGGGGAGGAGCAGGACUGGUGUGGAGCGAGUGACACUGCCCUGCCAGGGGCUGGACACACGGCUGCCAAACGCUCCGUGGUCAACAUUUCUACUGCUCCCAUUUCUAAGUGUUCUGCCCAGUUGUUCAUAGGACAUGGAAGGUAUUAAAUGGCACGUGAGACUUACUGAGAGAGUAUUUUUGUGGUUUAUCGUUUUAUGGAAGAUUUUACUUUUUUAGCUCCCAAAAAAAAAAAAAAUUCUAUUAAUCAGAUUUGUUUAUGAGAACUAAAGUCCAGUAGCAGCUGAACCUGGGUGUUUACAUGCUGGAAAGCAUAAGCUUUUUUUUCUGUUGCAGAUUAUGCUGUGCAUCAUGUGCUGUUCCUCUGUUAACGACAGCUUCACUUCCAUUGAGAAAAAUCCUCUAAACUGUUAAAAGCAGAAGUUUUUCAGUGCUGCUGUGGAGCUGUGGCAUUGUUGGACCUGAAUGCACACCGUGUCCCACACAGAGCCUCCCAUCUCUCUGGUGACAGAGGGCUCUGUGCUGCUGAGCUUGUGUUCCAGUGGCUUUUCCUGAUGCUUCCAGGUCCAGUCCUAACUGCAGCAGCCAGCUGAGCUGUGUUGAUUUGUCCCUGCUCGGUGUUGUGCUUGUCCUGCCCACAGGCUCUGCCCUGUGCCCUUGGCUGCUGUGUUGGAGGUGUUUGUGAGACACAGGGUUGGUGUUGGAGAGCAGCAGCUCAGUGAAUCAGGGCUGCUGCUGCUUUAGGAGUUUCAUCUUUGUGCCUUUUUUUGUAAAUUCAGUGUUCCCCAGAGACAAGGGCUGGAGUGGGUGUCCUGCAGAACUCCAUCAGAGCGUUCCCACCUGUAAUAGGGGCAGCAAAACCAGAGAAAUCACGACAAACAGAGCUGGGCCCUGCUCUCACUGGAUGCUCAGCAAGGAAGGGACUCCCUGAAGUACAGGGCUCAAAGGGAAGGGCUCCCCUCUGG